AUGGGAGGAGAAGAGAAACGGCACCAGAUGAUGCAGAACCUCUUCGGAGAUGAAUCCGGUGAGGAAGAAGAACUCGAAUCCGAGCAUGAAUCCAAUCCUCAGCUCAAUUCCGAUGAAGGAGAAGGUGAGGUAGGGCAGGAAGGAGAAGGAGAAGUGGAAGGACAAGGAGAGGUGGAAAUAGAGAGUGAAGGGGAGAGGGAGCAGAUUUCUCAAGAGGUUGAAGUGGAGGUUGGUGAUCAGAGGGAAGAAGAGAGUGGAGCUAGGGAUUCGGAUAGUGAUGCUAAAGAUGAUUAUAGUCAGCGCGUUGUUACGAGCCGGCUUAGGGAUGUGGUUGAAAGUGGAUCUGAAGAGAAUCAUUUCAAUGAAAAUGAUGGUGAAGAAGAAGUUGAUGCUGCUAGGAGCCUGAGCGGGUCACCUAGAGAUGACAAUGAUCAAACUCGUGAUUUGCAUUCUGCCCCGGAAAUCCGUGAUGUAUUUGGUGAUUUUGACGAUGAAGAGGAAGACAUGGGGUAUGCAGCUCAGCAGGACAUUGGACAAGAUUCAAAUAGAUACCCAGCGGAUGAAGAAGGGAGUUAUGGAAAGAGUCUGAGACCAGAGGAUAUACUUGCUGAUGAAGAUCGUCAAUAUGAAUCAGAGGAGGAAAACAUUGAAACGAAAACUAAAGAUAAGCCACUUGGGCCCCCCUUGGAGUUAGAGAUUCCAUUACGUAAACCACCAGCUCUUCCUGAUAAGAUGAACUUGAUUAAAGUUUCCAAUAUCAUGGGUAUUGAUCCAAAACCUUUUGAUCCUAAAACAUAUGAGGAAGAGGAUACCUUUGUAACUGAUGAACUUGGAAACAAGAAGCGCAUACGCUUGGAGAACAAUAUUGUACGUUGGAGAGAAGUCAAAAACUCUGAUGGCUCAACUUCUGUUGAAAGCAACGCUCGAUUUGUAAGGUGGUCUGAUGGCAGUCUUCAGUUGUUAAUUGGGAAUGAAGUUCUUGACAUAUCAGAGCAGGAUGCCCAGCAUGAUCAAUCACAUCUUUUCCUUAGACAUGGAAAGGGAAUCCUGCAAUCACAAGGAAGGCUAUUAAAGAAAAUGAAAUUUAUGCCAUCUUCCUUGUCCUCGAAUUCUCAUCGGUUGUUGACUGCUAUUGUUGACUCAAGGCAAAGGAAGGUUUAUAAGGUUAAAAACUGUGUUACAGACAUUGAUCCUGAGAGGGAAAAAGAGGAAAAGGAAAAGGCUGAAAGUCAAACUAUUAGGGCUAGUGUACUGCUUGGCCGUAAGCGUGACAAGGUGAAUAAAAAAUAUGCUCCAACCGACAGGAGGCGUCAACUUUCUCCUGGGUUUUUAGAGGAUGCUUUGGAUGAGGAUGAUGAAGCAGAUUAUUACGACCCUCGUCGUAAACAGCGUCACUUUGAGGACGAAUUGGAAGCAGAAGUCCGGGCAGAGAAAAGGAUUAUGAAUGCUAAGAAGUCACAGGGACCAAAGAACAUCCCUCGUAAGUCAUCUUUUCCACCAGCAAAAUCCUCACGGAACCCAGUGGGUUACCGGGAUGAGAGAGAGGAAUCUGAAUAUGAAACCGAUGAAGACGAAGAAGAAAUACCUCCUUCACGUACGAGGGAUGAUGAUACUGAGCCGGAGUAUGAGGAUUCCGAAGAAGAUGAUGAAGAGACCGCUCAAACCGCUGCUGCUGCUUCAGACGAGGAAGAAGAGGAGGAACCGAAGCAUAAGGGUCGGGAUUUAAAAGCGACGACGAAUGAAAUUCCGUUCUUGCAAUUGGAAUUUGGAAGGAGCGAUGCAUUUUGCUGCUGCACAAGCUGA